GCCUGGGUCAGAGCUCUGGAGAGGAACUGCUCAGUUAGGACCCAGAGAGAACCAUGGAAAUCCCAGCUCAGCUUCUCUUCCUCCUGCUAGUCUGGCUCCCAGAUACCACCGGAGAAAUUGUGUUGACGCAGUCUCCAGCCACCCUGUCUUUGUCUCCAGGGGAAACAGCCACCCUCUCCUGCAGGGCCAGUCAGAGUGUUGGCAGCAGCUUAGCCUGGUACCAGCAGAAACCUGGCCAGGUUCCCAGGCUCCUCAUCUAUGGUGCAUCCAGCAGGGCCACUGGCAUCCCAGACAGGUUCAGUGGCAGCGGGUCUGGGACAGAGUUCACCCUCACCAUCAGCAGCCUGCAGCCUGAAGAUUUUGCAGUGUAUUACUGUCAGAAGUAUAGUAGCUCCCCUCCCACAGUGAUUCAACUUGAAACAAAAACCUCUGCAAGACCUUCAUUGUUUACUAGAUUAUACAAGCUGCUUCCUUUACAGAUAGCUGCUGCAAUGACAACUCAAUUUUAUAUGGUUUUCACUUCCUGCUUAGUGAUCUCUCCUGAGGGUCCUGAAGCAUCCUCAAAGAGUAACACUCAAGUAACCCCAGCACUGCAGGUGCAAGGAUGUCACAAUUGCACAGAUGAGCAGGACUCAGACUCUGACCCCUCAGAGUACCGAUAUCCACUUCCUGAAGACAGACAAUGGUUUCAGGGCAUCCAGAACAAUCAAGAUCAAGUUACAGGUUCGGGCCACUUUCCCAUCGUUGGCACCUUCAAUGAUACCUGGGAGAUCCAGGAGCUGGAUCUUGGCAACUUUGACUCCUCAGGUCACCUUCUCACAAUGAGGCUCCCUGCUCAGCUCCUGGGGCUGCUAAUGCUCUGGGUUCAUGGAUCCAGUGGAGAUAUUGUGAUGAUCCAGACUCCACUAUCCCUGCCCGUCACCCCUGGAGAGCCGGCCUCCAUCUCCUGCAGGUCUAGUCAGAACCUCCUGCAUAGUGAUGGAAACACUUAUUUGCACUGGUACCUGCAGAAGCCAGGCCAGUCUCCACAGCUCCUGAUUUAUGGGGGUUCCAACCGUUUUGCUGGAGUCCCAGAUAGGUUCAGUGGCAGUGGGUCAGGCAAUGAUUUCACACUGAAAAUCAGCCGGGUGGAGGCUGAGGAUGUUGGGGUUUAUUACUGCACACAAGGUAUACAGUUUCCUCCCACAGUGGUACAACCCUGA